AACCGAUUGGAAAAAGAACAGGAGCGACGGCGAGAAGACGAAGAACGGGCGAAGCUUGACCUGUACCGUAGGAAGCAACUUGAUCUACAGAUGCUGUUAACAACCAAGGAUAACAGGAUUGGCUCCAGAGAGCUGUACAUACCUUAUCCCUCGGAUUCUCGAAUGCAGUACGCGCCGCAGCCGCUACUCACACCAUAUCCAGGGAUUCAUGGCGCCGGUGAAUUCGACCGCUCCAAACACCGAGCUGGUUCUAAGCAUUCCCGUCAUAAACGAUUAUCGGCAAGACUAAAAGAACUCGAACUUUUGCCCGCAUCGACCGCACGAUCGCCGACAGAAAAACGGAAGGUUGCAAAAAAACGAGAGGAAGACAUUGUUUCACCGGAGCGAGAUCACAAAGAAGUGAGUGUUGAACUGUGCAUUUCACAUGGUUUUCGUUUGAAUUCUUCGCAAACCUCAGAUUUAUGGAAAAUGCAGCGGACUUUCUCCCCGAUCUGGAAAAAUCUGCUUGGAUGA